CGCGAUUUUUGGCUAACCGUAGCCACUUUUCACAUGCACUGUUCAGGUAAAAGGCUAAAAAAAAAAAAAAAAGCAAAGUAAAGCGAAGGGCAGCAAACAAUUCGAAGCAUCUUUUCCAAACGGAGGGCGCAUAACCCACCGACGUUUUCACCCUCAUUCGUGAGUAAUUCUGCAUAAAAAAAGGGGCAUUUUUUUCCAGCCGAAGUGACCUAGGUGAUCCUCUUCUCACCUUGCGCGAAGUUAAGGGAACCUUCAGCAUAUUAAGCGUGAGGAGCAACGCGGCACGGAGGAAGAGCAAAAAAAAUGACUAAGGCAGAGAACGAGAACGGCUUCACCAUUUUGCAACCGGUGGAGGCGGAGCCCAUAUCCGUGCUGGAUCACGUGAACGACAUCAUCGCCAAGAAGAAGAGGGAGAAGCAGAACAAAAAGGAACACUUAAACGAGUGGGGAAAUAUGAAGAGGAAGGAGAAAACGGACGAGUUAAAACUGCAGUGGAAAUUAAUACAGCAUGAAAAUUUAGCGGAAAAAGGUGAAUACCAUAAGGUUAAAAAGGAUGAAAAGAUGCCUCAGUUUUUCCAAGUCGCUACUCUAGUGAAUGGGAACCAUAAGAUAAAAGUGGGAGCCGGACAGGAAUCGCAGUCGUUGCAUACUUCGAACAGGCGAAAGAAGAAAUGCCUGUCCGCCCUCCAGCAGUUGGAGAGAGACCAGGAUAUGAAGGACUGGUGCGUGAAGAGGUACACGAAAAUUCAGAGGGAGAAGAACAUCGGGGGGAAGUCCUUCGUCCGGAAGCAGCGAAGGCAGCUGCUGAAAAUGAAGAAGUCGUAG